AUGGCGUUCGCGCUCAAGGCCUCCGCCUCCCCCGCCCUCGCCGCCGCCUCCUCGGCCGCGGCGGCGUCGUCCCCCUCCUUCUCCGCCUCCGCCUCCGCGGCGCCGAGGGGCCGCGCCGCCGCGGCCAGGAGGGUCGCGCUCCGCGGGGCCGCGCGCCCCGUGCCCGCCAUCAGGGCGUCCGCGUCUGCCGCCGCCCCCGCCGCCCCCGCCGUGGCCGGGGACAAGCGCACCAUCUCGGGCACCUUCACCAACCUCAAGGCGCAGGGCAAGAUCGCGUUCAUCCCGUUCAUCGUCGCCGGCGACCCCGACCUGGCGACCACGGCGAAGGCGCUGAAGGUUCUCGAUGCGUGUGGUUCCGAUGUGAUCGAAUUGGGCGUGCCGUACUCUGAUCCCUUGGCUGAUGGCCCUGUUAUUCAGGCUUCUGCUACACGCGCGCUGACAAAGGGCACCACAUUUGAGGAUGUUAUCUCUAUGGUGAAAGACGUGGUGCCUGAGCUGUCCUGCCCUCUCGCGCUUUUCACAUAUUACAACCCGAUUCUGAAGCGCGGUGUCGCCAACUUCAUGUCUGUUGUAAAAGAAGCCGGUGUACACGGGCUUGUGGUACCUGAUGUUCCUCUAGAAGAGACAGAUAUUUUGAGAAGCGAGGCUGCCAAGAACAACCUAGAGCUGGUGUUACUAACAACACCAACUACACCAACAGAAAGAAUGGAGAGAAUUACAAAGGCUUCAGAAGGAUUUGUUUAUCUUGUAAGCACCACCGGAGUUACUGGCACACGUGCAAACGUAAGUUUCAAGGUGGAAGCUCUUCUUAAGGAAAUCAAGCAGGUCACAGAUAAAGCUGUUGCUGUUGGCUUUGGAGUGUCAACUCCAGAGCAGGUGAAGCAGAUCGCGGGCUGGGGUGCAGAUGGUGUGAUCGUCGGGAGCGCGAUGGUGAGGCAGUUGGGCGAAUCUGGUUCUCCUGAAGAAGGAUUGAAGAAGCUAGAAGAAUUAGCCAAGAGCCUAAAGGCCGCAUUUCCAUGA